AUGGCGGAAAAGGAGUCUAACCAUGAUGAUUGGUUCGCGAGCGAAAACGAAAUGACCAAGCUUCGCAUCAAGAUAGAUAUGAACAAGAAUGCUGCAAAGGCACUUAUGCAGCCAGAGGCGGGUUUGUCUUUAGACAGCAUCAACCUACAGUACUAUGUACAAAAAGCUGCUGCCCACACGAGAACUCUACGUCGGGCGCAAACGCAUCACACCAUGAUGGAGAAUGUCAAGCAGGUUGGUCAGGAGAUGAAACAGAACGCCUACCUUACCAAACGUUUGUGGAAGGAAAUGAAACAAAUCAAGAGAGAGAGUAAGGAGUUGGUGCCAGGCAUGAAAGACAUGGAAAAACAGCUGAACAUUAUGGGGUCAGUCAGCGAAAAGGCGUCAAGGAUGGCGGGUAUGGUGGAUGACGUGACAAAUGAAAUACAUGACAGUACGUCUAUUGAUAUCAAUCACGAUAAUGUCAGCAACCCAGACUACGGGUUGGUGGCCAAUGAUGGAUCGCGCGAGAUUCUAGAUGGAUUGGUGAGAGACGUGAUGGGUACUGAGAGACCGGAUAUUACGCAUUCCUUUAUAGAAGAACUGUCAAAACCUGGAUUGCGGAUUGAUGUUCCUAUUGAAACACCAGGCCUACUACCUGAAGUACCCGGGGAUGCGCUCAAAUAA